GAAAAUUUUACUACUAACAGAGAUACAAAAGUGGGUGGUAAGUAUAAAAAGGUUGACUACCCCUGGUAUAGAGUGUUGCAUCUGAUGUCCUGUGUAAAGGAACCAUACCCAAUUCUAGAAUUUUAUUAUUUACUGAAGGUUUUCCAAACUAAGGAUGUUAUACUUAAUACUCCUGUCCUUGUUAUUCUCACAACAAAUACCAAAGGUAUGAGGGGUGAAAAAUAGACUGGCAAAGGGAGUGUAUCCCCAACAGUGACUUAGCUUUGGGAUUCUUCUAUUUCAAUCAAUGUUGAAAGCAUAUUACUGGACUUGCUGUGUUCCUAGUUGGAAUAUGAAUCCAUCCCUCCUUCUGCAUUGGGUAGAAAUAGAAAAUACAUGUCCUUCUAUUAUCAGGCUGUUUUUCUGAGGAUUGCACAACGUGGUCACAAUCUUACACAAAAGAAUUACAUGUACAACAGAAUGAGGAAGCAGCACAUAGGCCUCUUGAAAUACACCUGUAAGGAAUCCAGGGUCGUUAUUUACAUGUUCGGAAAUGUCACUUUGGAAAACAUCCCUAAGUGAUUGCGGAAGAGGAACUGCAAAGUAUUACAGCUUGGCGGCGGCGGCAAGUUCGCCCCAAUUUCAACUCUAAAUAUGGUGCAAAAGCUGCGGCCGCCGUUUCCGUGCUUCCCAAACGGCCCGAAGGAGCGUGUGCGCGCGAAGCUUCCUCCUUCCACCGUGUAAAAAAAAACAACAAACAACCCUCCCCCUUUCCCCGGAUGUCUCGGAAUCAGUUCGCGGUCCGUGCAAGGCCGCUCUCUCGGAAGUUGGGCACCGAGAUCCCGGCGGUGGCGGCCCCCUCGCCGUUUUUCAGCCGCUCCGGCAGGGCAAACCGCGGCGGGAACGAGACUCGAAUACUCGCCGCGUGCCCAAGCAGGCAGGAGGCCUCGUUUCUUGUCAGGGCCCCCGGCGGGAGCGAGUCUUGGGUCGGUGAAGCCGUUCUAGGCCGGCCUAUCACGUCCGCCUUCCCGCUCGUCCCGUAGUCGCUGCCGGGCGGCGGCGGCGGGGUCACGACGGCAGCGCUGGGGUCAGAGGGUAAAGGUCGCUCCCCCAGCAUCCUCCGUGCGGGGUGCUCAGCCAUCUUGGAUCCUCGGGACAAGAAAAUUCAUGCGGAAGUAUCCAUCAAAGCUUGCUUGCUUCAACAGACAAAAAAAUUAAUGGGCAAAAUUACAGUUUUUAGGUGACAAACAGCAUGUUUGGUGCUUCAAGAAAGAAGUUUGUAGAGGGGGUCGACAGUGACUACCAUGAUGAAAAUAUGUACUACAGCCAGUCAUCGAUGUUCCCACAUCGAUCAGAAAAAGAUAUGCUGGCAUCACCAUCAACAUCAGGUCAGCUGUCUCAGUUUGGGGCAAGUUUAUAUGGGCAACAAAGUGCACUAGGCCUUCCAAUGAGGGGGAUGAGCAACAAUACCCCUCAGUUAAAUCGCAGCUUAUCACAAGGCACUCAGUUACCAAGCCACGUAACACCAACAACAGGGGUACCAACAAUGUCACUUCACACGCCUCCAUCUCCAAGCAGGGGUAUAUUGCCUAUGAAUCCUAGGAAUAUGAUGAACCACUCCCAGGUUGGUCAGGGCAUUGGAAUUCCCAGCAGGACAAACAGCAUGAGCAGUUCAGGUUUAGGCAGUCCUAAUCGAAGUUCACCCAGCAUAAUUUGUAUGCCAAAGCAACAACCCUCUCGACAACCUUUUACUGUGAACAGCAUGUCUGGAUUUGGAAUGAAUAGGAAUCAGGCAUUUGGAAUGAAUAACUCUUUAUCAAGUAAUAUUUUUAAUGGAACAGAUGGCAGUGAAAAUGUUACAGGACUGGAUCUUUCAGAUUUUCCAGCACUAGCGGACAGAAAUAGAAGGGAAGGAAGUGGAAAUCCAACUCCAUUAAUAAACCCUCUAGCUGGAAGGGCACCCUAUGUUGGGAUGGUAACAAAACCAGCAAAUGAGCAAACCCAGGACUUUUCAAUACACAAUGAAGAUUUUCCAGCAUUACCAGGCUCCAACUACAAAGAUCCAACAUCAAGUAAUGAUGACAGUAAACCUAAUUUGAAUACAUCAGGCAAAACAUCAUCUAGUGCAGAUGGUCCAAAAUUUCCUGGAGAUAAAAGUUCAACAACGCAAAACAAUAACCAGCAGAAAAAGGGGAUUCAGGUGUUACCUGACGGUCGGGUUACCAACAUUCCACAAGGGAUGGUGACAGACCAGUUUGGAAUGAUUGGUUUGUUAACAUUCAUCAGGGCAGCAGAGACAGACCCUGGCAUGGUACAUCUUGCAUUAGGAAGUGACUUGACAACUUUAGGUCUCAAUCUCAAUUCUCCCGAAAAUCUUUACCCCAAAUUUGCAUCACCUUGGGCUUCUUCACCCUGUCGACCUCAAGACAUAGACUUCCAUGUUCCUUCUGAAUACUUAACAAAUAUUCACAUUAGGGAUAAGUUGGCUGCAAUAAAGCUUGGUCGCUAUGGGGAAGAUCUACUCUUUUAUCUCUAUUAUAUGAAUGGAGGAGAUGUAUUACAACUAUUAGCAGCAGUAGAGCUAUUUAAUCGAGACUGGAGAUACCACAAAGAAGAGAGAGUAUGGAUUACCAGAGCACCAGGCAUGGAGCCAACAAUGAAAACCAAUACAUAUGAGAGGGGAACAUACUAUUUCUUUGAUUGUCUUAACUGGAGAAAAGUAGCGAAGGAGUUCCAUUUGGAAUAUGAUAAACUAGAAGAACGGCCCCAUCUGCCAUCUACUUUCAACUACAACCCUGCUCAGCAAGCCUUCUGAAGACUUCCCUCUUGUCUUGGGGUAUGGCUGUCUCAGCACAAUACUCAACAUAACUGCAAAACUGAAGUGGCUCAGGCAUCCCGGUUUUAAUUCCUUUUGAGGAUCUGGCAAUUGGUUCAUGCAAAAGGGUCACCAUUUGAAGUCCUGCCUUACUAAUUAUGUGCUGCCCAACAACUAAAUUUAUAAUUUGUUUUCCUUUAGUUUGAGCAGGGUCGGAUUUUUUUUUAUAUUAUUUUUAUUUUUUUGCCAGCAGACAAGCUUGGGUCUGUAAAGACAAGCAAGUACACUGACAAAAGUUUACUACUUAGUUUCCAAAAUGUAAAAAAAGGAAAAAAGAAACAAAAUAGACAAUAAAAUUUGCAUUGUUCAUUGUAGCACUCUUGGUAAUAAAAAAAAUGUUUGUGCAUUUUUAUGUGAAGAUCCUUCUCGUAUUUCAUUUGGAAAGAUGAGCAAGGUCUGCUUCCUUCAUUUUACUUCCCCUUCAGUUUUUGAAAAGGCAGUUUUCGCCAACUUAAUGCAAGAAUAUCUGUUUAGAAGAAAGAUAUUGCCACAACUUAUGGUUCAUUUCCAAAGUUGUGUGUUAACUGAGCUUCAUCUUUCCAGAAUGAGCAAAACACUGUCCAGUCUUUGUUACGAUUUUGUAAUAAAUGUGUACAUUUUUUUUAAAUUUUUGGACAUCACAUGAAUAAAGGUAUGUAUGUACGAAUGUGUAUAUAUUAUAUAUAUGACAUCUAUUUUGGAAAAUGUUUGCCCUGCUGUACCUCAUUUUUAGGAGGUGUGCAUGGAUGCAAUAUAUGAAAACGGGACAUUCUGGAACUGCUGGUCAGGGGACGUCUAUGUCGCCCUGUGCACUAAAGGGCCAGAUCUCAGCAGCCAAGGACAUCCAUACCCAAGUGAAUGUGAUGGGACUUAACGAAGUGAACUGAAACUAUUCACUCUGGCUGUUUGAACAGCAGCGUUUCAUAGGAAGAGAAAAAAAAAAGAUCAAUCUUGUAUUUUCUGACCACAUAAAGGCUUCUUCUCUUUGUAAUAAAGUAGAAAAGCUCUCCUCA